AUGGCCAUCCCAACUAAAGUCACUAUCAUCGGGGCGACCGGAUUGAUCGGUCAAAUCAUCCUCAAAGCAUUGAGCUCGGAUGCAAACAUCACCGUUACCGUCCUGUCCCGCGAGGAAUCAUCGAACACCAUUGAAUUUCCAACAGGCGUUAUUGUCCAUAAGACCGACUUUUCACCCUCCAGCCUUGAGUCUCUUCUUCGUGGUCAAGAUGUGCUCAUCUCCGCAGUUGGUGGGACGGCCUUUACUGAGCAAAAGAAGUUCAUCGAUGCUGCUAUCGAGGCAGGCGUGAAGCGAUUCAUUCCAUCCGAGUUCUCGACCAGCAGUGAAGACGAUGCUGUCAUCCAGCUACUCCCUCUGUUCCAGCAGAAGAGAGAUAUAAUCAAUUACCUGAAGGCGAAAGAGGAAAAGGGGUUGAGUUGGACUGCGAUUGCUACGUCCGGGUUGUUUGACUGGGGUCUCGAAUCUGGAUUCCUUGGCUUUGACAUCAAGACCAAAUCGGCAGUGAUCUGGGACGGCGGUGCCACAUCGUUUACCUUGACGAAUGAGAAACAGCUCGGCAAGGCGGUUUUAUCGGUCGUCUUGCGGCCGGAAGAGACGAAGAAUCGCUUUCUAUAUAUUGCGUCUGUUGAGACUACCCAGAACGAAGUCUUGAAGACGCUCGAGGAUAUUACAGGCUCACAGUGGACAGUGACGGAGACUACGACGGAGGAGCAGGUUGCUGAAGGGCGUGAGAAGCUGGGGGCGGGUGAUUUCAGUGGUGCGUUUGCGCUGGUUCGAGCAACUGCUUUUGGAAGUUCCACUGGCUUGAAGACGAAUUACGUCAAGGAUCAGAAACUCGCGAAUGGAUUGUUGGGGCUGGAGACGGAGAGUGUGAGGGAGACUGUUGAGCGGGUGGUUGGAGCGUAG